AACGUGACUCAAGCGGUGCAGGAUGAGCUCAUGGGGAGCCUGGACUACAAACUGGCCACCUCCAACGUGAAUUACGUGCAGUCCAGGCGCGAUGUAAUGUAUUUUCCAUCGAGCCUUUCGACCUUCACGCCCACCACCAGCAGGGUGGCGAGGAUCCCGCUCACGAGCGGCAUGGACUUCGUUGACCCUGAGAGCGUGAAGAUCGCCUUCAGGGUGCGCAACACCGACGGGGCCGGCGGGCAGCUCUUCCCGGGCUCCUUCGAGGGCAGCUGCUUCAUCAAGCGGGUGCAGCUCUUCAGCAACGGCCAGCGGACGGAUGACAUCUCUGAGUACGGGCGCUGCUGCUGGCUCUAUAGCCUGCUGAAGCCCCAGGAGUGGUACAACGGCAGGGCUUACGAGGGCUUCUACCCGACGAAUUUGGGGAACCCGCCAGCGAUCCUGGACGGCAACUACAAGGACGUGCUGAUCCCGCCUACGUUGAUCGGCAUGUUCCAAAGUGGCAAAAUGCUUCCACCUCAACUCAACUUGGUGCUGGAGAUCGAGUUCGCGGACCCUGCGGACGCCCUCUGGCCGGGCGGCGACGGGACCACCAGCUACAGCAUCGAGAACGUGCGCGUGCUCGCAAGCCAGGUAUCCUCGAUCCCCGCAGGCACGACGCAGCACAACGUCACGGUCGCGAGAAGCUUCACGAAGCUGAUGGGCGCGUUCGUGACCUUCAAGGACGACAAUGAUGCGCUAGGCGAGGUCAUGAAUCUCGAGUACCCAGCCGUCAACGGGCAGUUGGAGUCCCAGAUGCAGCUGGGGGCGCUCCAGUAUCCCAGGUACCCUAUGGCCAGCCUAGCGGAGCAUCAUCACUUCUUGGAGAUCAUGGCCGGUACCUAUGAUUCCAAGAUCAAAAGCAUGAGGCUGAACCGGCUGGAGUACGAGGACACUCAGUUCAUCGCCGCCUUCCCGGUGGAGCGCGUGCCCAAGCACCCGCUGAGCGGCAUCUCCACACGAUCCGGGGACCUCGCGCGCUUUACUUUCAAGAACUUGCAGCCGGACCGCGCCCAGAAGCUGUACAUCCACCUCGAGCCGAUAGCCUUCUCGCCUGUUGGCGGCGCCGGCAGCCAUGGCGCGGGUAUUGUAAAAUUUGCAAUCCUGGCGGAUUCGCUCGUUUCAAAUGUCCUCAUGGACGAGUGCCUUAUCACUGUCGAGAUUGCGGCGGCAAAGGCGCUCACGAAGCGGAAGGAGCUGGAGGUGCACCAGCUGCUGAGCGGCGCCGGCCUGCAGUUCGAGUCUCAGCACUACCUGCCCUUCCGCAGCUGCGGGCUCGAGUCGGAGACGUCCCGCGCCCUUGCGGACUUCGUGCUGUACGGCCCGCGCUGCGCCAUCAUCCUUGAAGUGGAUGAGGGCCAGCACAGCAAUCGGGACCACAGCUGCGACGUGCGCCGCGACUUCGACAUCGCAGCCAGCGUGGCCCUGGGCAGUGACCACAAGCUGGUGAUCGUCAGGUACAACCCCGACGCCUUCAAGGUGGCCGGCCAGACGGUGCGCACGACCAAGAAGGAGCGCCACGCCCGCCUGCUGCAGCUUCUGCACAGCCUGCUGCAGGAGGAGCCGGAGCGGCAGUUCCAGCGCCUUUUCCUUUAUUACGACAGGGCGGCCGAGGACAGCGAACUGCCCGCCGUGGCGGAGGACUGGGACGUCGUCGCGCGCACGGUGAGCCGGGCGACCACCGAGAGCACCGGCAUAACCGCCGGGCAACUGGCCACCGUCCUCACAGCCUACACGCCGCAAACGGAGACGGCUGCCAACUCUGCCAGCAUCAGCGCCAACAGCACCGCAGCGGCCAACAACGCGGCCGCCGUGGCCAGCGUGCAGGCCCAGGUCAACGCCCUGCCCCCGCCACCAGAUUUGACGCCCUACGCUCUCGCCUCAGACCUCGCAGCAGCCGAAGGGCAGCUGGCCGCGAACCAGUCCAGCAUCACCGCCCUCAACACCAGCCUGACCACAGGCCUGGCUUCGAAGGCCAACCAGAGCGCGCUGGACGCCCUGCAGCUGGAGGUCGACAGCAAGAGCACGCCGGCUUCCGUCGACGCCAAGCUGGCGAGCUACUCGACCACGGCAGCAAUGAACUCCGCGAUCACGAGCGCUAACAACGCCACGCUGGCCAGCGUGGCCUCGAAAAACGCCCUGCGCUCUGUCACGGAUCAGUUGGCUUUGGACCUUGCCGCCAAGCAGUCGGGGCCCGACGUGGAUCAGAAGAUUGCCACGGCGCUUUUGGACCGGCCGAGCUCGACUGACUUGAAUGCGGCCGUGGGCCUGCGCACCUCGCCCGCGGACGUCGACCAGAAGCUCGCGACUGCCCUCGUGACCUAUGUGACGCAAGUGGCCCUGGACGCCGCCCUGGCCCUGCGAGACGGCAGGCUGGACGCUGCCGAGGCUUCUAUUACAGCUCUGCAAGCGGCUGGCUUUCAGACGGCUGCUCAGGUAGCUUCGGCCAUUGCCACGGCGUUGCUGAGCUACACAGACUCCGUGGGUGUGAACGCCCUGCUGGCGGUGCGGGACGGCCGCUUGGACGCUGCAGAAGCCUCCAUCACGGGCCUGCAGAGCGCGGGCUACCAAACCUCGACGCAGGUCAGCGCCGUCGCCACGGCCCUGCUGCCUUACGUCCAGCAGACCGCCCUCGACGCUGCUCUGGGCCUGCGCGACCUGCGGCUGGACAGCGCAGAGGCCAACAUCCUGGCCCUGCAGGGCGCGGGGCCCUUCGCCAGCGCUGCAGAUCUGGAUUCCUUGGAGACCAGCCUGCAGAGCGCGAUCGACGCCGUGCUGGCGCAGCUGGCGGUGCUGGCCGCGGGAGCCGUGCAGAAUGCGCCGGAGUGGGCGGGGCAGACCACCUUCGAGCUGCUGGUGGGCGCCAGCACUCUGCGGCGGCUGCACGUCACGGCGCCGCUGAGCAUCAGCCUGCAGAACGAGGACCAGGCCCUGAGCAUCGCCUGCGAUUCCUACGCUGCGAUUGCAGCGGCCAUUGCCGCGGCGCUGGCCCCUUACGAGACGGCAGCGCAGCGAGACGCAGCAAUUACAGCCGCUCUAGCAGCCUUCAGCAACACUUCCGAGGUCAACGGGUUGAUCGCUGCGGCCUUGACCGCCUAUAGCUACUAUAGCAUCACCGCUGAAAUGAACUCAGCCAUCUCCGCCGCGGUGGCAGGAAUCGAUCUGAGUCCGUACUACAGCAGCGCCCAAACGGACGCAGCCAUCACGGCUGCUUUGGUGCCCGUGACCUUGUCGAAUGCGCCGGCCUGGGGGGCGAAUCCGCCCACCUGGGAGUUGCUGAAGGGCACCAACGUGCUGCGCAACCUGCACUUUGCUGGCCCGCUGAGCGCGAGCCUGCAGAACAACACGGACACGCUGGAAAUCGACUGCGACAGCUACGAGAAGGCUGAAACAUACACCCAGGCCGAGGUGAACUCUGUGGUGGCGGGGGCGAUCGAUGUCUUGAAUGUGACCCAGUACAGGACCGAGGCCCAGGUCUCCACGGCCAUCUCGGACGCCCUGGUGCCCUACUACGACGCGUCGCAGGUGGACGCGCAGAUUGCCGCCAACAGCUUCGACAGCAGUCAGUAUUAUACUCGAACGCAGAGCGACUCGAGGUAUUUCCUGACCACCGCCAACUUUGUGGGCACCACGCUGGUGCGGACCGACGUGACGCCGCCCACCCUGCGCACGCUGCAGCCGCGGGCGCCGAUCAGCACGAACUUGAUCAGCAGCAACGGCACCGUGGAGCUGCUCUGCGACGCCUGGAGCAAGUCCGAGGCCGACAGUCGCUACGUUCAAUCCAGCAACCUGACCAGCCUGGAUUCGAGGUACUUCCCAGUGAACGGGAAUGCUGGCGGAGGCGGGAUUUUCCCCAUGGUCAUCACCACCUUGACGCCACGCAUGAUUCGCGCCAUACUGCCAAGGGCGCCCCUGAGCGGCGCCUUCAUCCUGGGCAACGGCGCCACGCUGGAGCUCAACUGCGACUGCUACAGCAAGGCGGAGUCAGAUGGGAGGUAUUAUACCAUGGGGCGGUCCAACGCCAACUUCGCAGACAUUGCCAUCGAGGCGGACGUGGCCGCUCUGGACACUCGCGUCGCAGCCCUGGAAGCCAGCCCCUUGCCCGCGGACAUCUCCGCCAACAGCGUCUCCGCCACUGGGGACUGGCUGUCCUUGGUGGGCGGCACUGCCGGCACCAGGAUCCAAGACAACGCCAACAACGACCUCAUCACCGUGACCACCACGGAGGCCUUCUUCGGCAUCAGAUCCAGAGUGGACCACAGGCUCACCAUCGACACCCCCAGCGGACCGGACGAGGGGCUCUACACGGCAGCCGUAAGAGCUCUGGAGCUCACAGGCCUUCUGACGGGCACCGAGGCAGUGUUCCCCACGAGAGUGUCCACGCCGGAGCUGGCGCCUUCGCUCUUCACGGGCACCACCGGUCUGGAAGUGACGGACCAGUCGCUGAACCCGCCGCAGGUGGAAGACGACGAAACCAAGAGCCUGAGCAGGCUCAUCUCGAACACCGCGGGCACCGGCUUUGCUCGGCUGCAGCUGGACGCCAACACUGCCACGGGCUUCGAGCAGCUCGAGGUGGCCUCCGCCGGCGGCUGCACCCUGAACGCCCCCGGCCAGGAGAUCUAG